AUGGCGCUAUCGACGUCCGUGGAGAGUGUCGCCCCGCCGCUUCGAUACUUUAGCUUCAAGGACUUUCUGUCGGAGACCGAAGUUGCUUCGUUCUUUGACUGGCGCCACACGGAGCAAGUGGCAAAGGUCGAGCAGUACUUGGACUUCUUGGGCCAGCAGCCUGAUGCCGCACACUUUACGGCAUCGCCCAAGGCGUCCGUCAGCUUUGCAAAGCUUGACAAAGCGCCUGUAGCUGAUACCGACGAUGACAUGGACGUGGUAAAGGACGACGUGUUCGGUUCAGAUGCAGCAGCUGUCCUAGAGCAACUGCUGGAAGGACGGACUCGCAGCGGGUUUGGAGCUGUUGGCACUGAAGUGGGAUUCUUGCCGCAAAAGCGACUGAGUUUAGCUGUCGCCAAUGUUGUCGAAGAGAUCGGCCACACGUACGUCUUGGAAAGGAACAAGCGUGGCGAUGCGGUUCUAAACAGUCGCAGCUUCUUCUUCUACUGGUGCCACGCCGAAAAACAAAAGCUCAUGGACGUUCGAGAAAAGCUUGUCGCGAACGAGGUGCCGUCGCGAACGAGGUGCUCGUUCUGGCGACAGCUUGUGAUUGUCGUGGAUCGGGUCAUGUGCGAUGAUUGUAUUCGAUUUGCAGCGUGCUUUGCGCGUUUUGAGAAAGCUUCUAUCUGCAUACAAGAUCCAGCAGUGACGCGGAUAUUUCCUCCCUCGAGCGCUGGACCAGUCCUUGUCCGUGACACUUGA